AUGUUACUGCUGUACAUGCUACUCUUUCUACCUGUCCUCGUCGCAGCACAGGGAUCGCAAUCAAUGAAGACACUGGACCGCGAGAUGCUGCGGAACGACUCUAGAGGGUCUUUAGACUGGAUUGGUGAAAGCUUUUUGAACACCAUUGAUACAGUUUUUCCUAUUUCGAAAUCGUACAAUGAUGUAGAAGGGCGUGAUAAGAAGUUCAAAAAACUGAAUAAGUACGUUCUGCCUUUGAUUAUUGGAUUUUUGCUGAUAAAAUCGAUUCUAUUGCCCAUCAUGUUAAAGGCACUGGCUAUUCUAAGUGGAAAGGCUGUUGUGCUGAGUUUGAUGAGUUUGAUCUUGGCAGCCAUAGUUGGGUUAAAAAAGGUUGCCCAGAAGGAGAGCAGCCACGAUUAUAACAAGUACAGGCGACAGGAUGUGUACGGUUUCAUUGAUGAAGUGCAAGAAUUGGAACCUUAUCGAUUUUACAAAGAACGACGUAGAAAGAAGUGA